AUGGGCCAGCAGUACAUUACCGAGGUGGUGCCGCCAGAUAUGGUGGAAAGUAUCAGCACGUACCUGUCGGGGACGGGGGGGAGCACAUUUUCGGACAACCUAACAACAGAGCAACAGGCUCAGGUCACCCAUGCAAUCCUCAAGGCUUUGGACAUGGUCUACCUGCCUGCCAUUGCAGGCUCUGCACUUAUUCUUCUGGCUUCAUUAUUCCUCGGGAAGGGAAAGGUGCACUAA